AUAGUCCUACAUUUAAAAGAGACACGCACGACCACAAGCAGUCUAUCUGAAAUACGCACAUUUGCAUGAAGUGACCUUAUCAGUCUAUCUUCAACAUUAAGUGCAUGGUACAGCCUGCAUCCGGACGCGACGACAUUGUUACUGCAUUAUGCUCAGUGGGGAAAAUUUGAAGCUACACAAUAUUGCGGAGGGUAACAGAACCAUGGACAGGAUGUGUUGACACAGUCGUCUUCAUUGGAUUCAAGCUUCCCGGUCCCGCUCUGGAUACAGUGAUGCAGCACUGAAUGGCCCACUCGCGCCACCUGCAAAGUGACAGCAUCCCUGAAACACACACCAACAACCUGGAGAGUUAUCCGCUGCCAACCAACUGAGGUUCGAGAAAGCCAUCCUAGAGACAGCAGGAAGUAAAACGAGGAAAGAUAAGUUAUAGAGCUGGAGUGAAAGAAGACCGGAGGAUAAAGAGAGAAGGGGUGAGUUGUGGAGCUGCCUGAGUGCGGCAGUGUGGAGGUUGGCGGUCAUGGUGGGGCGGGGGCUAUGGGUGUGUAAGCCCCGCUUUGGGAAGCGGGGGGGCCGGUUCGGGGUGGUGCCUGCUCUCUGUGUGCUGAUAGUCAGUGCUGCCCUGCUAGCUCUGCUCUUCGUGGACUCCAUUGAGUCAUGGGCCACCUCCAUGAACAUGAACACAAUGGUAGAGGCGCAGGGGGGGAUCAUACCCCCACAGAGUGUCCCCCCAACCAGACCCGAGGAGUAUCUCCUUAUGCCCAGCCCUCUCGUCUGCCAGCGUGCCAAGCCCUACCUCAUUGCCAUGGUGACCUCCGCCCCAGCCAAUCAGAGGGCCCGCCAGGCCAUCCGGGACACGUGGGGUGGGGAGGUGGAGGUCAGGGGUCAUAGGGUCAUGACCUUGUUCAUGGUCGGGGUGGCCUCUGACCCCGGGCUAGCCAAGCUGCUGAUAGAGGAGGCCCGGGAACGAGGGGACCUGAUCCAAGGGCGCUUCUGGGACUCCUACUCCAACCUGACCCUGAAAUCCCUCUCCAUGCUGAGCUGGGCCCGACGCUUCUGCCCCCAGGCCCACUUCCUGGCCAAGGUGGACGAUGACGUCCUGUUCAACCCCGGGGCCCUGCUGCGCUACCUGAACAGGAGCACCGUGACCAACACCUACGAGCAUGGGGACCUGUACCUUGGCCGGGUCCACCUCCACGUGGCUCCAGACCGAGACCCAGACAGUAAGCACUACCUCCCGAGAGGGGCGUACCCUGCCUCUGUCUUCCCCGACUACUGCAGUGGCACUGCCUACAUCCUCUCUCGCUCCGCCCUGCUCAAGAUCUCCCUGACGGCUGCUGCCUCACCUCUGCCCACCCCUCUGCCCCCCGAGGACGUGUUUGUGGGUUUGUGUGCCCGUGCGGCUGGAGUGCUGCCCUCCCACUGCCCGCUGUUCUCUGGCGGGCCCGCAGUACCCUAUGGGCGUUGCUGCUACCAGGCCAUGGUGUCCAUCCACCACAUCUCCCCCAGAGAGAUGCUCCGGUUUUGGGCUGACAUCCGCUCUCCUCCCCCCUGCUCCUGGCUGGGCCUGCGCGCCUCCCUGGGGGUCUGUAAAGUCCGGGCCAUGCUGGGGACCUUUCUGGGGGUGGAGCAGGGGCUGUGAGGGGGGGUGUUGCUGUGCCUCUGCCAGGAUUUCAAUACUGUGAAUAGCACAAGCGCUCUAUUUAAUUGGCUAUGAUAAGGAAUCACUCUGCACUAUGAAAAUGUGCUUUUAUUUUUAUAGCUUUUUAGGAAUACUUGAAUGUAUUUUAUGUUAUGUUAUAAUGCUGGCAUUUUGUCAAAGCUGAAGGGAUAAGAAUCAGUAGUUGAAGGGAAUUAGUGUGAAGAUAUAUUUACGACUGUUAGAACAGACACAUACUGUAGAUAUGUAAAUAUUACUGACCAGGAAACACAUAACCUACAGGAUAUUUGCCAUUAGCGUAAGAAUUUAGAGUAAUGUUAUCAAUGCAUAAUGGAACUAACGUUCUACUAAUGAUUGCACAUUUCAAGACAAGCAUACAGUAAUCAGCUUACUGUAAGACUGAAACAACCUGCAAAAGGACUUCGUAGCUAUACUGGAGAGAGCCUAUAUACUAUGUAAGAUUACUAACUGCCUAAGUAGACUCAAGUUGCUUUCACCUCAGUUAGGAAAAAUUAGCACUAAAGAUGCAUGAAGUCGCCAAAAUGCAACUAACUCGUGCUUCCACUUUAAUAAGUGUGGCACAGCGGUCUAAGGCACUGCAUCUUAGUGCUUGAGGCGUCACUACAGACCCCCUGGUUCGAUUCCAGG